AUGAGAGAAAACCAGACGCUCCUAGAAGAAUUUGUAUUUGUUGGUUUCUCUGUCUACCCAGACUGGCAGGUUGCUCUCUUUGUUUUCUUCUUCUUUCUUUACAUUCUCACCCUUACUGGCAACCCGGCCAUCAUGACUCUCACCUUGCUAGACCAAGCCCUCCAUACAUCUGUGUACCUCUUCCUCAGUGCUCUUUCUUUCUCUGAGACUUGUUACACAUUAGCCAUUGUUCCUAAAAUGCUGGUAGACCUGCUAACCAAGAGCAGGGCCAUUUCUGUCCUGGAAUGUGGACUCCAGAUUUUUUUCCAUAGUCUUGGUGGUACCAACUGCAUCAUUCUCACAGUGAUGGGUUAUGACCAGUUCCUGGCCAUCUGCAACCCACUUCUCUACCUUCUCAUGAACAGCUCAACAUGUGGCUCUCUUGUGGCCUUAGCUUGGACUGGUGGUUUCUUUGUCUCCUUAGUGCAGACCACCUUGAUCUUUUCAGGCUCAUUCUGUGGUCCCAACCUUAUAAAACACUUCCUCUGCCACAUGAGAGCAGUAGUCAAGUUAUCCUGCCAGAAUGGUGAUGUCAUAGAGGGUAUUGUCACAAUAAUCUCAGUAUUGGGUUUACUGGGGACAUUCCUAUUCAUCUUUCUUACAUAUGUGUUCAUUCCCUCUACCGUCCUCAAGACCCCCUCAACUGAGGGGAAGAAGAAGGCCUUCUCCACCUGUGCCUCCCACCUCACUGUGGUCAUCAUCCACUUUGGCUUUGCCUCCAUUGUCUACUUGAAGCCAGAGACUACAGAGAGGGAUGACAUGCUCAUGGCUGUUCCCUACACUCUUAUCACACCAUUCCUGAGCUCCCUAAUUUUCACCCUGAGAAAUAAGGACAUGAAGAAUGCUCUGAUUAAAAUGCUAAGUAAUAAAGGUGUCUUAACAAAAUCAUCUUGGACAGUUACUAUUGGAAUGAAACACCCAAAAGGGAGUAAGGUAUUUGCUCUGAAGCCUGCAGUAUAA